AUGGCGUCUGGGGUGAUUGCCACAUCUCUGUUGCAAGGCACUCAGCAGCAAGGAAGCAGGCAGAGUAGAGAAGUGAUAUUGAACAUCAGUGAUGAUCAAAAAACCCAAUAUCUAAAUCAAGACUUCUACUCGAAUGCAUACAAUUAUGGUUACGAAAUCAGUCCAAACGGGCAGUUCCACCAUGAAGUACGUGGACCAGACGACAUAACAUACGGUUGCUAUGGCUACAUAGACCCGUUCGGAAAACUGAAGACCACAUUUUAUGUAAGCGACGGUUGGGGUUACCGAGUCGUCCAACCAGGAAAAGCAAUUGAAAUAUUUUUACACGAACACGAGCAUCAUCAGCAUGACGACUCGGAGCAACAUGGCCCCGAACAUCAUGAUCACCAUGAACAUCACGGUGUGAUAACAGAAUGGAAGGACUUGUAUUUCCCAGAAAUAUGUAGACAAUUCGACGGAACAAAUGAUAGGCCAAUUACAGUUCCGAGUCCAGGCGAAAAACCAGGCAUAAACGGUUCAAGCAGUGGUGGAACACCAAUCCAACCAGGAAAGCCACAACCUGGUUAUCCAGGAAUACCACCACAACCCGGAUACCCUGGUACACAAGGGCAUCCCGGAACACCUGGCACCCCUGCAACGCCAGGAAGACCUGGCCAGCCAGGAUACCCAGGAACACCUGGAGAACCACCACAACCCGGAUAUCCUGGUACACCUGGCCACCCUGGAACGCCAGGAAAACCUGGCCAGCCUGGAUACCCGGGAACACCACCACAACCCGGACAUCCAGGACACCCCGGAACACCUGGUGUACCACCACAGCCAGGAUACCCUGGAACACCUGGCACCCCUGGAACGCCAGGAAGACCUGGCCAGCCUGGACACCCGGGAACGCCACCACAACCCGGACAUCCAGGUACCCCUGGCCACCCCGGAACACCUGGCACACCACCGCAACCCGGAUAUCCUGGUAUACCUGGCCACCCUGGAACACCUGGGACACCUGGCAAACCGCCACAACCUGGAUAUCCUGGUACUCCUGGACACCCCGGAACACCUGGCACACCUGGCAAACCACCACAACCCGGAUAUCCCGGUACUCCUGCACACCCCGGAACACCUGGCACACCUGGAAAGCCAGGAGGACCUGGUCAGCCUGGAUACCCAGGAACACCUGGCAAACCACCACAACCUGGAUAUCCUGGUACUCCAGGACACCCCGGGACACCCGAAACACCUGGAAAACCACCACAACCCGGAUAUCCUGGUACUCCUGGACACCCAGGAACACCCGGCACCCCUGGAACGCCAGGAAGACCUGGCCAGCCAGGGCACCCGGGAACGCCACCACAACCUGGAUAUCCUGGUACUCCUGGACACCCCGAGACACCUGGCACACCACCACGGCCAGGAUAUCCUGGAACUCCAGGACACCCCGGAACACCUGGCACCCCUGGAACGCCGGGAGGACCUGGUCAGCCUGGACACCCCGGAACACCCGGAAUACCUGGCACACCGCCGCAUCCCGGAUAUCCUGGGACUCCAGGACACCCCGGGACACCUGGCACACCUGGCACACCACCACAGCCAGGAUAUCCUGGUACGCCUGGACAGCCUGGCCAUCCCGGCAGCCCUGGAACACCAGGAGGGCCUGGUCAACCUGGAUACCCAGGAACACCUGGCACACCUGGCAAACCACCACAGCCAGGAUAUCCUGGGACUCCAGGACACCCCGGGACACCUGGCACACCUGGCACACCACCACAGCCAGGAUAUCCCGGUACUCCUGGACACCCCGGAACACCUGGUACACCUGGAACGCCAGGAGGACCUGGUCAGCCGGGAUACCCAGGAACACCUGGCACACCUGGCAAACCACCACAGCCAGGAUAUCCUGGCACACCACCACAACCCGGAUAUCCUGGUACUCCUGGACACCCCGGAACACCCGGCACCCCUGGAACGCCAGGAGGACCUGGUCAGCCGGGAUACCCUGGAACACCUGGCACACCUGGCAAACCACCACAACCUGGAUAUCCUGGUACUCCAGGACACCCCGGGAAACCUGGAACACCUGGCAAACCACCACAACCCGGAUAUCCCGGUACUCCUGGACACCCCGGAACACCCGGCACACCUGGAACGCCAGGAACACCUGGCAAACCACCACAACCCGGAUAUCCCGGUACUCCAGGACACCCCGGAACACCUGGUAGACCUGGAACGCCUGGUAUACCACCACAGCCUGGAUAUCCGGGAAUACCAGGAGAACCUGGUCAUCCUGGUACCCCUGGAACACCAGGAAGCCCUGGUCAGCCUGGUCACCCGGGAACGCCACCACAGCCUGGAUAUCCUGGUACUCCUGGACACCCCGGAUAUCCUGGUACUCCUGGACACCCCGGGACACCUGGAACACCUGGCAAACCACCACAACCCGGAUAUCCCGGUACUCCAGAACACCCCGGAACACCCGGCACACCUGGAACGCCAGGAGGACAUGGUCAGCCGGGAUACCCUGGAACACCUGGCACACCUGGCAAACCACCACAACCUGGAUAUCCUGGUACUCCAGGACACCCCGGGAAACCUGGAACACCUGGCAAACCACCACAACCCGGAUAUCCCGGUACUCCUGGACACCCCGGAACACCCGGCACACCUGGAACGCCAGGAACACCUGGCAAACCACCACAACCCGGAUAUCCCGGUACUCCAGGACACCCCGGAACACCUGGUAGACCUGGAACGCCUGGUAUACCACCACAGCCUGGAUAUCCGGGAAUACCAGGAAAACCUGGUCAUCCUGGUACCCCUGGAACGCCAGGAAGCCCUGGUCAGCCUGGUCACCCGGGAACGCCACCACAGCCUGGAUAUCCUGGUACUCCUGGACACCCCGGGACACCUGGCACACCACCACAACCCGGAUAUCCUGGUACUCCUGGACACCCCGGGACACCUGGCACACCUGGCACACCACCACAACCCGGAUAUCCUGGUACUCCUGGACACCCCGGAACACCCGGCACACCUGGAACGCCAGGAGGACCUGGUCAGCCGGGAUACCCAGGAAUACCUGGCACACCUGGCAAACCACCACAACCUGGAUAUCCUGGUACUCCAGGACACCCCGGGAAACCUGGCACACCUGGCACACCACCACAACCCGGAUAUCCUGGUACUCCUGGACACCCCGGAACACCCGGCACACCUGGAACGCCAGGAGGACCUGGUCAGCCUGGAUACCCGGGAACACCUGGCACACCACCGCAACCCGGAUAUCCCGGUACUCCAGGACACCCCGGAACACCUGGUACACCUGGAACGCCUGGUAUACCACCACAGCCUGGAUAUCCGGGAACACCAGGACAACCUGGUCAUCCUGGAACCCCUGGAACGCCAGGAAGCCCUGGUCAGCCUGGUCACCCGGGAACGCCACCACAGCCUGGAUAUCCUGGUACUCCUGGACACCCCGGAACACCUGGCACACCUGGCAAACCACCACAGCCAGGAUAUCCUGGUACACCAGGGCACCCCGGAACACCAGGCACCCCUGGAACACCAGGAAGGCCUGGCGAGCCAGGACACCCUGGAACUCCACCACAACCAGGAUAUCCUGGUACACCUGGCCACCCUGGAACACCUGGGACACCUGGCACCCCUGGUGUACCAUCUCAGCCUGGAUUUCCUGGAACACCAGGAGGACCUGAAUAUCCUGGAACUCCUGGCCACCCUGGAAGGCCUGGUAAACCUGGACAUCCUGGUAGGCCUGGGCUGCCUGGCCAUCCCGGUAUCCCUGGAACUCCACCACAACCUGGAUAUCCUGGUACACCGGGCCACCCAGGAACACCUGGAACACCCGGCACACCUGGUGUGCCACCGCAGCCUGGAUAUCCCGGAACGCCUGGACAUCCCGGUGGUCCUGGAACACCAGGAACUCCUGGUCAGCCCGGAUACCCGGGGACACCUGGUACACCACCACAGCCUGGAUAUCCUGGAGCGCCUGGACAGCCUGGUCAUCCCGGCAGCCCUGGAACUCCACCACAACCUGGAUAUCCUGGUACACCUGGCCACCCAGGAACACCUGGAACACCCGGCACACCUGGUGUGCCACCGCAGCCUGGAUAUCCCGGAACGCCUGGACAUCCUGGUAGUCCUGGAACACCAGGAACUCCUGGUCAGCCCGGAUACCCGGGGACACCUGGUACACCACCACAGCCUGGAUAUCCUGGAGCGCCUGGACAGCCUGGUCAUCCCGGCAGCCCUGGAACUCCACCACAACCUGGAUAUCCUGGUACACCUGGCCACCCAGGAACACCUGGAACACCCGGCACACCUGGUGUGCCACCGCAGCCUGGAUAUCCCGGAACGCCUGGACAUCCUGGUGGUCCUGGAACACCAGGAACUCCUGGUCAGCCCGGAUACCCGGGGACACCUGGUACACCACCACAGCCUGGAUAUCCUGGAGCGCCUGGACAGCCUGGUCAUCCCGGGAGCCCUGGGACUACACCGCAGCCUGGAUAUCCCGGAACGCCUGGACAUCCUGGUGGUCCUGGAACCCCUGGAACACCAGGGACACCUGGUCAGCCUGGAUACCCUGGAACGCCUGGACAGCCUGGCCAUCCCGGUACUCCAGGCAUACCAGGUAAACCUAGUAAGCCUGGGAAACCUGGCAAACCCGGAAAACCUGGCCAUCAUGGUAAGCCUGGAAGUGAAACGUAUCCACCGGAAGGUAUACCUGGAACGGACGAAUUACCGGGCACACCGCCAUAUCCGCCACAACCUGGAUAUCCCGGAUCUCCAGGCAGACCUGGCAGACCCAGUAAACCUGGAAAGCCUGGACAUCAUGGGCAGCCUGGAUCACCUGGCACACCGGGAACACCAGGUAUUCCUGGCAUUCCAGGAACGCCUGGAACACCAGGGACCCCCCCACAUCCUGGAUACCCUGGAACUCCUGGUACUCCUGGUAUUCCAGGAACGCCUGGAACACCAGGAACCCCCCCACAUCCUGGAUACCCUGGAACUCCUGGUAGUCCAGGAUCACCAGGCUCGCCGGGUACGCCAGGUAUUCCUGGCAUUCCAGGAACGCCUGGAACACCAGGGACCCCCCCACAUCCUGGAUACCCUGGAACUCCUGGUACUCCUGGUAUUCCAGGAACCCCUCCAUACCCUGGAUACCCAGGAACUCCUGGUACACCUGGCAUUCCAGGAACGCCUGGAACCCCCCCACAUCCUGGAUACCCUGGAACUCCCGGUAUUCCUGGUACACCUGGCAUUCCAGGAACCCCUCCACACCCUGGAUACCCAGGAACUCCUGGUACACCUGGCAUUCCAGGAACGCCUGGAACCCCUCCCCAUCCCGGAUACCCUGGAACUCCUGGUAGUCCAGGAUCACCAGGCUCGUGCAUUCCUGGCACUCCUGGCAUACCGCCACGACCCGGACACCAUGGCAAGCCGGGCAAGCCAGGAAAACCCGGUAGACCUGGAGAACCGGAUACACCUGGCACACCGCCUUAUCCACCCCAGCCAGGAUAUCCAGGUCCUCCUGGAUACCCAGGAACUCCAGGUAUACCAGGAACCCCAGGAACACCUGGAACGCCGCCUCAUCCCGGAUAUCCAGGAACACCAGGUACGCCGGGAACGCCAGGAAUACCUGGAACACCAGCACAACCUGGACAUCCUGGAACUCCUGGAACUCCUGGAACACCUGGUAUACCACCGCAACCUGGAUAUCCUGGCGUACCUGGUACGCCUGGAAGACCAGGUAAGCCCGGAGAGCCGGGUACACCCGGUACUCCGCCUUAUCCACCUCAACCAGGAUAUCCAGGAAUACCAACUACUCCUGGAUCACCCGGAACACCUGGAAUUCCUGGAACGCCCGGAUCACCUGGAUUCCCUGGUAAACCAGGGAAGCCUGGUCAUGGACAUCCUGGAACAUCUAAACCAGAUCACGAUCAGCAUCCUCCGUAUCCUGGAUAUCCCACUGAUCCCCAAGGUCCAAUUGGUGGUGACGGUGGUGUUGGGCCUGAUGGUCCAAACGGUCCAUGGCCCAAUGGUCCCGACGGCCCCGAAGGUCCGGGUGGUCCCGAAGGUCCUGGAGGACCUGUGGGUGGUAUUGGUGGCAUCGGCGGUGUAGGCGGCGACGGUGGCGUAGGACCUGACGGUCCAGACGGUCCGUGGCCAACAGGUUCACCUGGUCCCGACGGACCAUGGCCUGGAGAUCCAGAUUAUGUACCCGGUGGAAAACCAACAUCGAGGCCUCGAUACGAAGGCCCGAUCAAACUUCAAUAUCCACUGAAAUAUCACGAGCCUACGACACCGACAUCCGUACGCGAACCAUUCUACGGAGACUACGGAGAGAAACAAGUGGAACGAUUAACUUCUAGUUCCCAGUUCGACUCGAACCAUAGAAAAAGUGGCACGUUCGAUAGAAAUUACGACAAGAGCGUCGAAUCGACUGCGUUCGGGUACCCGAUCAAAAUAAGCAGUCCCUUCGGUACAAAAGACACGCGCUAUCAAACCGAAUACUAUCAGGGACAAGUGAAUCAGAACGCAGACACGAUCAACUCUCUGCUCCAGCGGAAAGAAUCACGAAAGUUCACGGACGAAGAAACCGACAACGUCUACACAAGCGUUACGAAAACUGCACCACAACGAAUACCACAAACCACUCGAAACGAAGUGAAAACAUCCAGCAACGCGAAGUAUACCGACCAAGAGCAAUACGAGCAAGCCAACCGGGGUCAUCGUAAAUUCUCCCAACAGUUCGCGAAUGUGAAUCAACCUGACCUAGACCAUCCAAUUGUUCAGAUAGAGACAAACAGCGCCGCGUAUCAAAGAGGCGAGGCCCAGGCGAACGUAAAGUAUCAAUCGACCGGCGGAGGUAACGCGGCGGCAUUCAUCAAACAGGUAAACGAAUUGUCUGAAAUCGAAUCGUUAGACCCUGGACCAGAUAUCACCGCUAUCGGGGUACAACCCCCGAGCAACAAUAAGCCCUACCAGCAAUCAAUAGGGCCAGACCCAAAAACCUGUCCCUGCUACCUUGUCGAACCGGGCAAUGACACCGUUGCUACAACCAGCACGACAUCCGCUCCUUUAAUCGGUCAGCUUGGCUUCAUUCCCGUGGUGUUCGUACCCUAUUGUCCGGGCGACGAGACGGACAGCCAACACAUGAAGGACAUGUUCCCGUCCGCCAUGCCUGUACCGUACACGUGCAACGCGUGCGGCGCCGCCCAAACCGGGCGGAUCGAGACGAGGCUUCUCAGCCUGAAUCAGCUCGGGAACGUCGAGAACCUACGGGAGGCGUUGCGCCAAGCGAAACUUGGAUUUUUGAAUGUUUCAGCCCGGAAUAAUCGUAACGAGAGGCGACGAGCGAAGAGCCGGGACGACACGCGACGACGAGUGUAA